AUGAGUGAUAGUACAGAGAAUAUUUUACACCCUAUGGACAAACGUGAGAUCGGAAGACAGCCAUCAAAGAGCAUUCUAAAGGAUAAUACUCUUCCGCUUUUGACUAGCAAAAGACGAGUAUCGUUUGCACCUGAAGUUACCUUGCAUAAGUUUGAUUUUAUCCCUUCUUCAGGAAAAAGAAGAAAGACAAUAGGUUUUGCGUCUGAAUCAGAUGCCUAUGAAGAUCUCGAAACUUCUGACUCUGCAGAAAGAGGAAUUGAAGUUCUAGAAGACAGCUCUGAAGAUGACGAUAAUGAUGACAUGUACGCUGAUGUUGAAGAGAUAAUAUCUGGAAUGAGUGUUUUAAAAGGAAAUCAAAACCAAGACCAUAAAGCUGGUACUGACGAAGAGCAAACAAUGGAGCUAACUGAUCAGUUGCCAAAUCUAAGACCUUAUUCUCAAAGUGGUUUGGAUGACGAAGUUGACAUGGAAAUAACAGCCGCUCAAAAACCCCUACCUUUGAAUGACGUCAACGAAGCAAAUUUUGAGGUUGAAAUGGAUCUAACAAAUCCUCAAAACGCUUCUAGCAAGACAAUUGUAUAUCCAUCUCAUCCAAAGUUUGAGGACGUCGGUUCCAUACAAAAAUUUAUUAAAAGCGUAGAGGCAGAGGAUGGCGUGAUCGACCUGGAACCAGGGUUGAUAUCGCCGGAUAAGAAUGACUUGAUGGAACCAAUUGAAGAAAAGGAAAUCACAAUGGACUUGACGCAAGUGAAAGGUACUAUAAUAGAUACAGGUCUAUGCAACGAUAUCAAAGUAUCUGAAGAGAUAGGAAAUAAAGAGAACAUAAGAACUGAGUCUAGCGAUGAUUAUAGUGCUUUGCAAAAGCUGGAGAUCAAAUCGGUGAGCUCUAAUACUAACUAUUGUAGGGAGCAAAUCAGAGAUCAAGAUUCGCUUUUUGAAGCGCCAGAGGUAGUACAUUCGGAAGUAUCACUCCCAUUGAUGGAUGUAACGAACAGGACCCAAACUAAACCUUUGAAUUUGAAUUUAAAGCUAAGCGCCAGGACAUCAACUGAGCAUAAAAAGAGUGAUAAAAUAGAGACGGAAAACAUAGACAAUAAGGAAGAUAUAGUAGAUGAGGACAGCAACUACGAACCUGUCAAGUUGAAUGAUUUUAUGAGUGAUAUUGGCAUUAAAUUCUAUGAUGAUUUGGAUAUCGAUAUCGGAACCAUGAGUAGACUUAGCAUUUCAGCUGAUCAAAAAACUUCUUUCGAAUUGAGUGAUUAUACUGUUGCAUUACCACGUCUUCAUCUCUUGUCACUAUACGAAUUUAGCUGUGAAGAGCUAAGCAAGAAUGUUGAUGAAGGUAAAAAAGUAUUUUCCGAAUUCAAUAAAACUAUUGAAGUUAAUAACCCACAAUUAUUCAAAGAAUACUAUUCGUCCGACGAAAGUGGUAGGUUUUCUAUAAAUAUGAAGCUACAUCUUCUCAAAGAUUACACCAGACUUCAAUCGAAAAAGACAUGGUAUUAUUGGAGGACACAAUUGACGAAAAAUUUGAUUUCAGAUUUAAAUAUUAAACAGAAUGAUCUCUUGAAUGAUCGGAAUAUGUUGUUGAGCAAUCUCUCCUCAAUUGAUCAAAUGUAUGAUAGAACGUGUUCGUUAACCGAGUCGCUUUCGCUAAAGUUAAAACAUUUAUUACACCUUGGAGAUCAGUUAUCAAUUCUCUCUGUUCAGGAAAUCGUGAAUCUUAAAAAUCAAUUAGUUAUUAACAAAAGGAACCUUCAUGAAAUAGAGCACGAGCUCACAUCUAAAGUAGAUGAACUUGGAGCAAUAUCUGAUAGAAUUGAGGAAGUGAAUAAAGAAAAAUUGAAAUUAAAUGAAGAACUAAUAAAUCAUGAGGAGACAUUGCGCCAUAAUCGAAAAUAUGAGACAGAAGAAAUAGAACUAUUACAAAUGAAGUUCAAGCUUUUGCAAAAGCUUACAAAUAUGCAAUAUAACCUGCAAGAGGGCUCCACUUUGUACUUACUGUUUGAUUCAGUAGUGGAUAUUCAACUCUCUUUCGAUAAGGAGGAGGGUAAGACGCUGUUCAAAUAUAAGUUAAACAAUCAAACUCUCUCUAGGUCCAACAUAUUUUAUAAAAGUUUGAUUGGUACUUGUUUCGAGCAAUUAAAUAACCAAGAUUAUACUCAGUUUAAGAGCCUUUUCGUCAUGAAGGAGUUAUGGUCCAAACUUAAACAGUUCGAUGAAGAUCUACAUAAGAUAUCUUUCUGCUGUCCAAUAAGCUUUUCUGAAGUCAAAGAUGGUAGGGUAACAUUCAGUAUCAAAUAUGUGAACAUUUCAGAAGAUUUGAAAGCUAUCUUAGACGGAGAACUAGACUUGGCUAAACUACACACGUAUCCGUCUAAUCUCUCCUUAAAGGCGAAGAUAAAGAGAACCAAAGAACCGAUGGAAGAUCACCACAUAGUCUCUUCCAUCGUGAAAGAUUUCGUCUCUAAUAAUCUAGUAACUUUUCAAAACGUAUCUAAUCUUUCUUAUAGCGUUGAAUAG